AUGAAGAUAAAAGUAUUCGUAGUUUGCAGUGAAAGAGAUUGGAUCGACGAUACACCAUACAGGGCACUCCUUCCCUACGCUUGUGGUACUGCCCGGGGACCUAUUCUCAAGUACCUUAGAGUGCCACGAGUGCCUUCUACAUUAGGUGGUCGCGGGCCAAGCAGUCAAUCUGUGGAGGUGCCUUUACUGCGGGAGUCUUGUAACAGGUUGAUGAUUCGGAUACCUCCUGCCGCUUUUACCCAAGCCGAAGCUGGGCAGGUUCCUGACAUGGAAGGCCCCUUCCCCCUCCCCCAAACUGCGGAUGUCCCGUCGCCCGCAAAGAACCAACAACUGCAGAUCGAGUUCCAGUGUUCCAUUGCCCUCAUCAACGUCAAGGAUUUUUCUCGACGAUUGUUUGCCAGACCCUCGUCUCCCGAGACACCAAGGCUCACACUCUCUCUCGCACUCUUCCAUGAGUCACUUUGGAUUAUUUCCAUUCCUUUUCAGCAAAUGCCGCCGCCCCAUCGGGCUGCUAUCGCCAAUGAGACGCAUUACCAAACUUCGUUUCGGCGGCUUUGGACCAACCACGGGCUCAGCAUCUCCAUAGAGAUGUGGUGGGCCCGAUAUUUCUGUAAAUUCCGGGGUGUAUUAUCCGCAUCCCUCAAUUGUCUGCUGGAAGUUGGAACCGAACGCCAACCAACACAAUCCCAUCCGGGCGCCGUCUUGUUCCCAGCUCUCGCCUUCCCCGAGCCGGCUCGAACCUUGUUGUUGGCCUGCCUGGUAUGUAUCACCGUCACAUCCAACACACUCGACCGUCGUCAACACCCGAUUGUACCUCGUCUGGAUGGCCGGUCACCACUCUGGCACUCUGUCUCGGCUCCCGCCAUAGGUCGACGUAUGUACGCCUAUGCUGCCGUGCCCCUUUACCCCUGCCUCUGCUUACCCUACUUUAUUGUCACAGUUUAUCUCACCUCCACAAUCCCUGAUCAGUUGGUGACGGCACAAUGCGACAGACGACGGACCAGGGGUUUAAUUCUCGACUGCAAAAGAAUACCUGAGUCCCUGACUUCUCUCGUUCUCGAAUCCCCUCCCUGCAACCUCGGUCCUCGAAUUUGCUCCAUUUCAACUCUUGAUCCUGCGCCUUUCAUCCCCGCUCGUCCAAAAUCGCCCCUGCCUACUUCGUCGGAGGAGACCAAGAUAUGCCGCAUUUGCCAUGACACUCGACGCGUCGACCAUGUCAUUUCAUUACGGAUCUGGCGAGACGGCCUCCUAACACAUAUAGCAGUUCGGCUGGCGGCCCAGAGGUUCUGCGCUGUUUGCUACCGUUGCCUUCCUUCCGUGCUCCACAUCGCGGUGGUCAUUCCGCAUUUUCGCGGAGUGGGAACCCCCAUACGGCAAAUACAUUGCACCAUUGUGCUGAUGCUCUCAAACGCCUUCCAUUUCGCUCCUCGUGCUUCUCGCUCCGGCUGGCCCCACGAGACGACAUUCCCACAAUUUCUGGUUAGGCUUUCUUCAUUACCGAGCAACCAGGCAAAGGACUCACAAGCUCCACCAAGGCCAAGUUCAUACGCAUACAGCUAUGAUAUUAUCAUUUGCAGACUUGACUUCGAGACAACGCAAGCAACACAAGCCACGGCUUUUCUAGAGGAACUUGGCGUAUACCUCAAGGAGAACAUCCGCUGCCAAAUACAUGAGUCGGGCGAUAUCUCCAGGCGCCUGGUCAAAGCUGCAACGACUAAGCAAAAACAUAACGUCGUUUGCAAAGUCAAGUUGAGAAGCCAGUCAGCUGCAGGCCAUCAUAAUGCCUUGUCUUUGGUAUGCGCAAUAGACGGUGAAGGAGGCGUGCGCUUGUGCGCCUGUGAUGUGGAGGAAUUCAUCACCCUCGAGUCAAACUCUACGCGGCAUCGCGAAGAGCCCAUGACAUCUCACCUUGAGCAACAAUAUCUCAUGGAACGAAACCGACGGGCCAGCGUAGUCCCGGUUACUAAUAUUGGACUGCCGAAGAUUGGGCAAGUUGCGCCGUCGAGAAAGUCUCGUCUGUCUCGUCACAGCGCAUGUGUCGAAUCGAACCGCCCUGUUACUCAACUCUCCUCCUCCCGCACAUCAGGGCUUCUCGUUGGCUGCAUAUCGACUUGUCGCGAACCAAUCAGACCAGUGAUGCCGCUUAGCUGCCAUCACGGUAGGUGUGGGUGGGUCGCGGCGGUAAAGAUACCCGGGCGAGGAGCGGAGGGCGACGCUGGUGCGGGUGGGAGGGUCGAUUCGGACGCCUCCGCGCUUUUUUCUCUUUUCUUUUCGCACACCCGCCCUGCGACAAGCGCUACGCACGAUAGCCGACGACAUAAUGCCUUCUCUUCCAACGCCUUGCCCUCACAUACGCAACAAAGAGACGAGACGAGACGAGCGGAUCGGUUCCGGGCAAAGCUGGGACUUGAAUGUGAAGGGAACCUGGGAGAAAAAAGAUGGGACAGUCACUACGGUCACUCUCUGAGUGCUAUCGCCGAACUCACUUCACCUGGGCUCUGUGCCGCACAUCCAGACCAAUCAACACCCCGAUUAACGAGCAAAGAGAUUGGCAGCCGCGAUCUGUAUUUCGUAGGUAGCUGUUUCCGGAACAAGACUGGCGCAUGCGCUGCCGCGACCGGACAAUUGCGCGGCCAGAUUGUUGCGACAAACGCAUGGAGAGUUACUAAGAUGAGCGGUGCAGACGGUGCUGUUGCGUACGGAUACCUCACAAGUCGAAGUCUCCCGCGACUGGCUGUCACGCUGAAGAACGGAGCCAAGGGCCGAGACACGGCUCAGCGCGGACGCGGAAAUGGGACUAUCCCCUCACUAAUCUCACUCCAACUCGACACCAAAACCUACUAG